AUGGAGUUCAUCAAGGCCUUGUCGAUCCUUGCGGUCCUCGUUGCAGGCUCACAAGGGGAAGGGUUUGGAGACCAGUCUCUGGCCGAAGCCUUCUUGCCGAAAUGCAAAAGUGUACCCGGCGACAGCAGCUGGCCGUCUGAAUUCUCAUGGAAGGCCCUCAACCUGAUCACCGGCGGUAAGCUCGUGAAGACUGAGCCCAUUGCCCAGUCAUGCUACGAUGGCCCCUCCAAAGACCUUGAAGAGUGUGCCUACGUCACAAAGAUGUGGUCGGACCAAGACUUCCAAACCUCCAACCCCAUCGGUCGGCCGUACCCUUACAACAUCACUUGCGCGCCGGUCGACUACGCCACAAACCAGGUCCCGACCAGCUGUUCCCUCGGGUCGCUUCCGACGUAUGCCGUCAAUGCGACCAACCGCGCGCACAUCCUCUCGGCUCUUCUCUUUGCGCGCCUUCACAACGUUCGCCUCGUCGUUGCCAGCACAGGGCACGAUCUCCUUGGUCGCUCCGACGGUUACGGCGGUCUGGAGAUCUGGCUUAGAUACUACCGCAACAGCAUCGACUUCCAGAACACGUACACAUCGGCCAACAGAUGCUCCAAAUCUAGUUGGACAGGCAGUGCCAUCCAUAUCGACGGUGCUUGGCAGUGGAGGGAUGUCUACAAGGUUGCCAAGGCGAACAACGUCAUCGCCGUUGGGGGAGGCGCGGUGUCUCCGGGAGCAAUUGGCGGCUGGCCCUCCGGAGGUGGCCACGGUCCCGCGACGCGCAACUACGGCCUCGGAGCCGACCAGAUCCUCGAGGCCGAAGUGAUGCUCGCAGACGGGCGCGUCGUCACGGCCAACCAUUGCGAGAACACGGACCUUUUCCGCGCUCUCCGCGGCGGCGGACCGGGAUACGGCAUCGUCCUUAGCACCACCAUUAAGGCGCACCCCAACAUCAACGUCGUGACGGCCCACAAGCUCGCCAUUGCGCCUCUGCAGCUUUCAGCCAACAACUCGGAUCUCUUGGACGCCGUGUCCGUUCUUCUGCAGUCGUAUCCAGACCUCAGCGACGCCGGCUAUGCCGGAUACGCCUACUGGUUCCGCAACUACCCGGGUGUUUUCGUCGCGAACGCCACCUCGGGCUACUCCCAUGGGUUCUGGACCAUUGGCAAAACACAGAAAGAGGCCGACGCCGGGUUCGCCCCUGUCCGUGAGUCUCUCGCCAAGUUCAAGGACCGCCUCUUCGUCUAUGAGAGCUUCGCGAGUUACAACGACUACUGGGCCUUCUACGAGGCCGAGUCGGGAUUGUACGACCCUACCGGCGACACUUCGAUCUUGACGUCUCGCAUGAUUGAUCGCUCUGCCGUCGCCGACUACGACCACGUCCGCGAGGCUGUGGAAGUCCUCAGCGGCAAGCCCGAAGAAUACGCAUCCAAUGUCGUGCUCCUCGUGUCCGGCGGGCAGGUUUUCCAGGAUGCCAAAGACAAGACCUCUGGCUUGCAUCCCGCCUGGCGUAACUCCUCCUACGCUCUCAUCACCGGUCGCGGCAUCCCCAAGACCGCCAGCAACGAGGUACGGAAGGCGGUGCAGGACGACAUUACCUUUGUGAAGGGCGCCGCCGGCAAGAAGCUAGCGCCGACCACGGGCGGUUACAUGAACGAGGGCGACCGGCACGACCCGGACUACAUCCAGACGUUCUACGGUGCCAACUACGCUAGCCAUCUGGCGGCGAAGAAGAAGUACGACCCUUUCAACGUGUUUUACUGUCCGUCCUGUGUUGGUGCCGAAGCCUUUGUCGAGCGGCCGGACGGACCAUUGUGUGAGGUGUGA